AUGAUAAUAAAAGAAUAUAAUAAUAUAAGAAAAGGUUGCCUGAAUUGUUAUUUUAACAGAUCAUAUAAAAGUAAAAUAUCAUAUAAAGAUAAGAAUUUGAACUUAUGUGUAGCUUUUAAUAACAAUGCAAAUAUAAACCAUGAGAAAUUUGACAGUAACUUUUAUUUAUAUAAUAUAAAUUCAACCAUUUUCAAAUUGGUCAAAUAUAUUCAUAUAUUUAAGAAAAAAUACAAAAACGAUAUUGAUUUAAAUAACAAAACAAAUGAUAAAUAUAAAAUUGAACAGAUAUUCAUGUGCUAUAUUUCUAUUUACAAAAAUAUAAAGAGAAAUUUAUUUUUAAAAUUAACAUUAGAAAUUUUUAAAGUUCCUUGUUUAAAUAAAAAAAUAACUGAUGAUAAAGAAUUUUAUGAAGAACUUUUAAAUGAAGUAAUUAAAUGCAGAAAAGCAAAAGAUUUAGAGAAAUCUAUUUUUUAUGAAUACAUAAUAAAAAUUUUAUCACUAUUUUUAAUGAAUUUUAAUUUUUUUAAUGAAAAUUUCCAAAGAAUUUUUUUUAUAGAAACAAUAAAAAUUAUAAAAAAUGAAGAAAAUAUAAAUUCCUUUUUGAGAAAUUUCACUUAUUUUCUUUCUUGUAUUUCAUUUUAUAAUAGAAUUUUAAAAAAAGAAUUAUAUGGUAAUAAACCUGUUCUUUUAAAUAUUUCAUCUAAUAGUCAAAUUUUUUUAAAUCAAAUAAAAAAAAAUACUAUAAUGGAUUCUUUACCUUUAAUUUUAGAUAUUUUUGAUAAAAUUCAAAAUUAUAAUUAUUUUAAUGAAAUUGAUAUAUGUAAUAUUUUUGAUUUCUUAAAUGAAUUCAAAAAGACACAUAAAAUAAAAACACUUAUAUAUAAAAAUAUUCAAAAAUAUUUUACUUCCUCAAGCCAAAUAAAGAAUUUAUGUUUCUUUUUAUAUUUAAUUUCAAAUUGUAAUAAUACAGAUCACCAAAAUAUAUAUACAUAUAUAUAUAAUAUUAUAUUUUUAAAAAGAAAAGAAUUAACUGAUGUUAAAAAUAUAAAUCUUUUUUUAUUAAGUAUAAUAAAAUAUAAAAAUGAAAAAAGUGUUUUGGAGAAAAAUAAAAAGAAAAGAAAUAAUUUAAUAAAAAGAAGAAAUUUAAAUAAAAUUAAUAAUAUAAACAAAAAAUUUGAAUUAUGUUUAAAAUUAAAGUAUAGAUUUAUUAAAAAGAGAAAAAUGAUUAAUGAAAAAAUUAUGUAUUUUUUUAUUAAGAAUCACUUUAUUUAUUUAAUUAGAAAAAAAAAAAUAAAUACUAAAUACAUGAAAACAUUCCAUCAAUAUUUUUUGUUUUAUCACAUAAAAAAAAACUUUACAAGAAAAAAAAGUUAUAUAUCACCUAUAAAUAUAAUUAAAAAUUAUAGAUAA